AAGAUGGAUGACCGGAUCGCCAAAGCUGGACGAUGGAUGGAUCAUAGUCCGUUCGGAUGACGCUGGCUUACCAGAUUGCGCCGUUCGGUUUGACAACCACUGGUUGCCGUUGUCCGAAGGCUGCUUUCUUCUCGUCCGAGACACCCUCUUUGAUCUCGGUGCUUAUCUCUUGACUGGUAGACAAAAUGGCCACAACGAAGAGCGCGAAGGCAGGCAAGGGCAAGGCGGCGGCUAAGACAUCCGCGAAGGACUCCAAGGCUAAGGCCGCUAAGAAGGCGGCGCUCCAGGGCACCCAUGCGCAUGCAGCCCGUAAGGUCCGCAACAGCGUCUCCUUCCACCGCCCCAAGACCCUCCGCCUCCCCCGCGACCCGAAAUACCCCCGGAAGUCGAUCCCCCAUGUCCCGCGCAUGGAUCAGUUCCGGACAAUCGUCUCGCCGCUGAACACUGAGUCAGCGAUGAAGAAAAUUGAGGAGCACAACACCCUGGUCUUCAUCGUCGACAUCCGAUCGAACAAGCGCCAGAUCAAGGAUGCCGUCAAGAAGCUUUACGAUGUUAACGCGGCGAAGAUCAACACCCUCAUUCGUCCUGAUGGCAAGAAAAAGGCAUACGUACGGUUGACAGCCGACCAUGACGCGCUGGACGUGGCGAACAAGAUUGGUUUCAUCUAAGUCUCUCGGCGUUCAUCUCGGCAUUCCUUCUGCUCUCUCGCUGCACGUACUGUAUGUCUAUGCAUCAUUCCCGCAAUCUUAUGCAAUGCAAGGCAAUCGGUACCAUCGCAAUGUCGCAAGCAUGCAUGAUACCCCAUUCAGUUC